AUGCGAGAGAUAGCUCUUGCUAUCGAGGAUGGCUACAAGUAUUACUACAUGGGAUACUAUAUCCACUCCUGCCAGAAGAUGCGGUACAAGGGCACCUUCCGACCACAAUAUAUCCUAGACCCUGAAUCGCCCACCUGGGACCGCCUAGACGGCGAACUAACCCUCAAACUUAACGACCGCCCCUACGUCUCGCUCUCCCGAGACCGCCAAACCGCCGCCAGCGGGACAGAGAACUUCACCAAACCCAAGUCCCACAACGACGAAGAACCCGCCGACGCCGAAAUCAACGACGAAGAAGUCUCCCUUUUUACCCUGAACAUGCCGGGUGUCCUCACAGUCGACGAGGUGCAGAAGCUCGACCUUGGCAGCUGGCCGCUGCUUGUUCAUGGGUCGUUUGUGCAUAUGGCUGACCUGGUAGGCUGGGAGCGGAUGCCGAUUGAUGAGCCGCAGUCUAUUAAGGGGAUUGUUGCUGAGUUGGCGGCGGUGCUGGGGCCUGUUGUUAUGAAGGACAGUGCUGUGGUUUUGUUUGAUUGA